GCAGCCGGCGCGCACGGGCGCCAUCUACGAGCCGCAACACCGGCAGCCGCUGCCCUCGGGCGCCCUGGCGGCGUUCGUCGCAUGGGUUUGGCCGUACCUCGUGCUUGCAUGGAACACCGUGGUGGACGUCAUCUUCUUUGCUGCGACGAUUCUGUUUCUGAGAGACCCGAACACGCUCUUCAGACGCGGGGACAGUGAAGUUACGUUGAACCCCCGCAGGCGCUUCGUGCACCGGAGCUUUAGCUUGGACGACGUCAAGUUCAUCAAGAAUGCCAUGAACUGCACUGUUAAUGAUGUGCUAGUCGGAGUCACUUCUGCUGCUCUAUCACAAUAUUACUUUCGUAAGUCUGGUUACCCUAAGACACGCAAACUAUGUUUGCGAUGUGUCCUCCCUGUAAAUACAAGGCCAACAGCUAGCCUACAAACAUAUGUUAAUAUGAUAGAAUCGGGUAAAAGUAAUGAUGUGGCAUGGGGAAAUCAAAUAGGCUACAUCCUCCUUCCAUUUCAAUUAGUGGUACACGAUGAUCCACUUGCAUAUGUUCGGAAGGCAAAGAAGACCUUGGAUAGAAAAAAGAGCUCACUUGAAGUUAUCUUCACGUGUAAGAUUAGCGAGCUUUUUGUCAAAAUGUUUGGCCUGAAGGCAGGUGCUUUUAUCAUCGGUCGUAUGCUCACGAAUACAACUACUACGUUCUCGAACAUGGUUGGACCAACAGAGCAAGUAGAGUUCUAUGGACACCCAUUUGUCUCCAUUGCACCUACCGUUUAUGGUAUUCCACAAGCUUUAGUUGUACACUAUCAGAGUUACAAUAGCACUAUUAAGGUAAUUCUGUCAGUCGAUGAGGAAAUAAUUCCAAAUUAUACUCAACUUCUGGAUGACUUUGUUGAGUCUUUCGGGCACAUUAAGGAUGCGGCUUCAAGGCUUUCAACACAUGUCAAGAAGGGAUAAUCAACAUACAAAUGCAUUAGUGUGCUUUCUGAAACUGCAUAAUGCAAGCAGUAUACUCCCACAUGUUUGAUGUGUGUCUCAUGACUCACGCAUCAAUAGUAAUUAAAAUCAGAAACUCUACAACAAGGGAUGGAAGUCAAAUGUAUUAAGUUCACUAUUAUUGUUGGAUAAUGAUGUGUUGCAUUGUAUGAAGCACAAUAAUUAUACCAUAACUGUGUAUAAUGCACACUAUUAGAUUUUUUUUUA